AUGAUCGAUCGUUUCCCGGAUCUUCAACGGGUGGUGGCGGGCACCCCUCCGCUGGAAGGAGGGCUGGGAUAUGAGCAGCCCGUAUCGCUGUCUGGCAAAGCGGGGGUCGUGGGGCUGCAGCAUCCGGAGACGUGUAACGACACCAGCCUGGCAACCGCGGGAUGUCCUGCUAGUGCCGCAGCGGUGGCAGCGGUCCGAUAUUCUAAGGCAAUUAUGUGUGCUGGGCAAACUUCUCCGCGUAUACCGUCCCCACAUAAGACGCCCUCCGUCUCCACAGCCCCAUCGGAAGCCCCACCGGUGCCUGGUCCAUCCUCGUAUCCGGCGCAUUCGCCGCUAUCGUCUUUCUUCCCGCCGCCCACUUCAUCUGUUGAAGUCCAUGACGCACUGAAGCAUGAGAAGACUCAAGACGCAACACAAGCUCUUGAUGGCCACUCUCCCUUUUCGUUGCUCUCCCCAGAAACUUUUUGCUCCUCGGAGACCUCGGGCGAGUCCAUGUCUGACAGUGCCCAGUCGGCGUCUUCUCUGUCGCCGACGCAGCGCGGCCACGGAAAGUCUGGCGCUUUUUAUUGCGUAGAGGCAUCGACGGACUUCGGUGGGGGCCAAACAGACUGCGGUUCGUCGUUGUUUCCAUUCUUGCGCAGAGCUAAAGUUUUGAAGAUUGCCAUUAACGAGGUUCUUCUCCAGCAGCAGCAAACGGGAUACCUUCUUCAUCUUCAUUCCCCUGGUGCGGCUGCGCCUCUCCAGCCCUACUGCUGUCCUGGCUGCGCUCCGAAUGGAGGCACUGGUGGGAGCUGUCAAGGUGCGCAGGACACGGGGCUUUGUUACAACUGCGAAUUAGCUAGUCAUGUGCAUGCGGCCCAGCAGUUGCUUCAACGGGCACACAGUGCCCUGCGCCAGCUCCAGCAACAGCAUGAGGAAGAUGAACAGCGUCACCUAAAGCUUCAAGAGACGCAAAACAAUCAACAUGGAAGCUUCAAGAAGCACAUGCACAUGCAGCAGGCUUCUUCAGCGCAGGCCGCAGAACUGCGUAUUCGGAGAAGCGUCAUCCAGCAGCACCAACAGCAGCUUCAGGUGGCCCUCGAACAGCAGCAACAACUCGAGCAGGAUUUGCGCGCGCGCUGGGAGGGCGAGGUGUCAGCUGAGAUGAGAAUUUUGUAUCCUGAGGCCUCCUCAGCGGAGCUACAACACGCCGUUCAGAAAAUCGGAGAAAGCACUUUCGAGGGAGACCAUACCACGCUCGCAGUGGCAGCCAUGGCGGCGGCGACAACGGGUUCCACGGAAGCCGCGGACGUUCUGGCGGCCAAAUGCCGGCAGCUGCAGAAACUAGGAGCAAGUCUCCUCGAGGUACAACGUAUGAUGGAAGAAAUGCAACGACAGCAACAGUGGAGACAACAGCAGCUGUCCUCUAUAGCAGAAGCCGCAGCCUGCAGCAGACAAAACACGGCGUCUGCUAUUGAAGAUAUGCUUCUAGCGCGAAAGUAUCAAAGACGGGCAUACAAGCAUUCCCUACUUUUGAUCGGCGGGCUUGUGGCAUUAUUUCUGUUCUUUUUCAUUCCCUCGUCACCUUUUCUUCCCUUGUUGUUCUGGCUACACGGAGAGGGUCGACCGCCCUAA